CAGAGCCGGAAGAUUGAUGUGAGAGAACUGCUACAGUACAGCUUGGGGCCAUUGCCGUGGUCUUUAGCAACUACAGAAGGGUUUCUUCGACAAACAAACAAAGCAGCGCUAGCUACUCCCCUACAAAACGAUGUACCGUUAGCUGACAGCCUUCCGCAGAACUCAGAUGCUAUUAUCGACGGUAUGAGUCUAGUUCAGAAGUUGAGCGUUGGUGGAGGACAGACAACCUUCGCAAUGGUUGCUUCUUCUCUUCUAACAAAAGUUCUUCACGAAGGCUCCCAGAGCAACAGAAUCGACGUGGUUUUCGAUACAUACAGAGAUAUGUCAAUUAAGAACGCAGAGAGAACCAUGCGUGGAGAAGUUGCGGGAGUUCAACUGUCGCAUAUAAGUUCUACUCAGCUGGUCAAGCAGUGGAGAAAGUUCCUGUCGGAGGUCAAGAACAAGACAAGUCUUAUCAAGUUCAUUUCCAGAGAAUGGAGAGAAGAAGACUGCAUGAAAAGGCUGAAAGGAAAAACAUUGUUUGUUACUGCCGAGAGCGAAUGCUGGAAGAUAACUGAAAAGGGAAGCGAGAAUGUGGCAGAGCUGACAAGUAACCAGGGGGAAGCUGACACUCGUCUACUGCUUCACGCUAAACAUGCUGCCCAGGGGGGGGUAUGA